ACGGCUGCGGGUCGCUCCGCCCGCCCCGCGCCCCGCCGGUUACGUCCAGCGGGUCUCUCUCCCGAGCGGCCGGGGACGUGCGUUUGAGUCCGGGCCUGAGACCACCGCUUCGCUACGUCUCGCCAGGGCUAUGGCCUCACUCGACGAGGUGCGGCAGCUGAAAAAAGAACAUACCCGUUCCUUGUCUAUGUGUGGCCAUGUUGGUUUUGAAAGUUUACCUGAUCAGCUAGUGGAUAGAUCCAUUCAGCAAGGCUUCUGUUUUAAUAUUCUCUGUGUGGGGGAGACUGGCAUUGGAAAAUCAACACUGAUUAACACAUUGUUUAAUACUAAUUUUGAAGAACUUGAAUCCUCACAUUUUUGUCCGUGUGUCAGACUUAGAGCUCAGACAUACGAACUCCAGGAGAGUAAUGUUCACUUGAAACUGACCAUUGUGAAUACAGUGGGAUUUGGUGACCAAAUAAAUAAAGAAGAGAGCUACCAACCAAUAGUUGAUUACAUAGAUGAUCAAUUUGAGGCCUAUCUCCAAGAAGAAUUGAAGAUCAAGCGUGCUCUUUUUAACUACCAUGACUCUCGCAUCCACGUGUGCCUCUACUUCAUUGCUCCAACAGGCCAUUCUCUAAGGACACUUGACCUCUUAACCAUGAAGAGCCUGGACAGCAAGGUGAACAUUAUACCAUUAAUUGCCAAGGCAGACACAAUUUCUAAAAGCGAAUUGCAGAAGUUUAAGAUGAAGCUCAUGAGUGAAUUGGUCAACAAUGGUGUUCAGAUCUAUCAGUUUCCAACAGAUGACGACACCACUGCCAAGAUCAACGGUGCAAUGAAUGGACAUUUGCCAUUUGCUGUUGUAGGAAGUAUGGAUGAGAUAAAAAUUGGAAAUAAAAUGGUCAAAGCUCGCCAGUAUCCUUGGGGUAUUGUACAAGUGGAAAAUGAAAAUCACUGUGACUUUGUAAAGCUGCGGGAAAUGCUAAUUUGUACAAACAUGGAGGACCUGCGGGAGCAGACCCAUACAAGGCACUAUGAGCUUUACAGGCGCUGCAAACUGGAGGAAAUGGGCUUUGCAGAUGUGGGCCCAGAAAACAAGCCCCUCAGUCUUCAAGAGACUUAUGAAGCCAAAAGACACGAAUUCUAUGGUGAACGUCAGAGGAAGGAAGAAGAGAUGAAGCAGAUGUUUGUGCAGCGAGUAAAGGAGAAAGAAGCCAUAUUGAAAGAAGCUGAGAGAGAGCUUCAAGCCAAAUUUGAGCACCUUAAAAGAAUUCACCAGGAAGAGAGAAUGAAACUUGAAGAAAAGAGAAGAAUUUUGGAGGAAGAAUCAAUUGCUUUCUCAAGAAAGAAAGCUACCUGUGAUCUAUUCCAGAACCAGGCAUUUAUGGCGGCAGGUAGCAGCAUUAAGAAGGACAAAGAACGAAAGAACUCCAAUUUUAUUUAACACAAGAGUUCCAGAGCACAGAUGGUCAUCACAAUCGAAAGUCAUUUGCAUGAUUUGAGCUUUUGCUCUUUUUGCCUUACCACUAAUUCAGUUAUCUAGCAAAGGGCUAAAGUUACUCACAUUUACAGAAAAUAUUUUCAUGUUUGUAAAGCUGAUCUGUUAGCUAAAGUACAUAUUUCUCGCACAUUUACUGUUGUUAGGUAUCUCUUAAGUUGCUAUUUUGCUGUAGACUUUGGUCUACUUUCCUGCUGCCAGAUGUUGCUUACUGCGUGUUUUCUACAUAGCAAAGGUUUACUGCCAUUGAAACUACAGAACCCUCCAUAUGAUAAAUAUCUGAUUGCAUUUUUAUUCUAGCAUGAA